AUGAUAAGUUUAGACGAAGAUUACACUUACAAGUAUGAAAUCAACAAAAUCAUCCAAGAGGACACUAUUGGAGCAAUCGCCGUCUUUGGCUAUAAAGGAGACUUGGAGAAGGUGAAAGCAGCGCUGAAUAAAACGGGAGAGCGCAGUGCUGACGAUUACAUUUGGAUAGCUAGCGACGGUUGGGCUCAGUUCGACACUGACCCGGGAUUGAAGAAAGUCAUCGGAACAACCUUUAACGCAAGCAUUCUGGCAAAUUUCAGCGAAUUUUACGAUAAAACGAUGGAUAAACUGAUCAGUAACAGCUCUUCUUACCAUGAAAACGACCAAACAGUAAAGAUAUUCAAAAGAUUCCAGGAUAAUGCUGAAAUGAAAAAAUUGCUCACAAUGGAUCCCUCUACUGAAGACAAGAUAAGCUACAUCACUCCGGUUGUUGAAGCAGUUUUCGCCUUUGCAGAAGCCCUGAACAACGAAUCCUCACUAUCCCUGAGCACAAAACUCCAGGAUCUACACUACAACGUAUCGAAGGUGUUCGAAAUCAAAGGCAACAGCCACAGCAUGAUAGAAAGACUAACUUACGGUGACCAAAGUUACGGUGCUUACUCCUACUCUGCGUACAGAAUAAGCCCUAAUCAGAAACAGCGCUCAUGGAGUCAUAAAAGCAACUCCUAUGAUGUCAAUCAAAGGGUUGUGAAGAGCGCGGAAGCACCAGAGCCCUGGGUUAUCGGGUCAUGGCAAACUGGAGAUUCAGCAGCGACUAAUAUUAAUCAGACACAGUUGAAGGAGCUUCUCCGUUCUUGGGACAUGACUGAAACAUCGUCCGAGUGCGAGAAAUGCAAACCAGGCUGGGUCGUAGACACCGUCCGAGAUCAGUGUUGUUACGAUUGUGUCAAGUGUGAGUUUGAGCUGUUCCAGUAUACCAAACCAAACGAUUUUGAGAAUUGUCACAACUGCUCGACAUCACAACGUGCUAUCAACGGUACGGGUUGCGAGGAUAUUGCUAUCAGCCGUAUAUCCUUCUCUGAUCCACUGGAAUCAACAGUCCUCGUGUUUUCUUUUCUUGGAAUCAUAUGUGUGUCCAUGACGUAUUGGUAUAUGUUUGUGUACAAUUACUCUCCAAUAGCCCGAGCCUCUGGAAGAUCUUAUAUGUUACUGGUAGCUAUCUGCACCUGUCUUAUCUUCACCAGCCCACUAGUUCUUUUUGCCGAACCGAGUAAGUUUAUCUGUAUGGUGCAGCGAGUAGUCGUGGCUGGUCCUACGGUAGGCAUCAUUGCAGCUUGCCUUGUAAGAACCUUUUCCAUUGACAGGAUAUUCAGGCACCCAGGAGUGCGCCAGAGAUUACUGAGUAAGAGACUCGUGCUUCUGACAAUUGCUUUCCUUAUCGUUAUUGAGCUGUUUAUAGAGUCCAUUAUAAUCGUGUCCAUGCCUUCCAAACCAAGGAACGAUACGAAGGACUACGAGUCAAUAACACUGGAAUGCAAGAUGCCAGAGGAGGACAUCAUGCUGACGUUCAUUUUUCCUGGGAUGUUAACAAUAUUAUGUGGAAUAUUUGCUCUCAGAAUAAGAAAGGUUCCAUCAAACUACAAUGAGUCGCGAUACAUAAUCUUCACGAUAACCAUCCUUACCUUCGAGAGUGUCAUAUUUUUCAUGAGCUUCAAAGAGCUGGACUACAUUUCGUACAUCAGAUACUCAGUCGUUUGCAUCAUUGUGGGAGAUUACAUGACCUACUUUGCUUUGUUCCUCCCAAGACUUUACAUCAUUAUAUUCAAGCCGGAAAGGAACACUCUUCAGCUCCAGUGCUCUGCUAACGGACAGUUUUUGUUGGCCAAGACAGUGGACAGGGGAUGUAACACCAGCUUGUCGGUUGGGGAGGAUGUUAUGAUGAGACUCAGUUCCGGAACCGAGGAUGAAAUGAUGACAAAAAUAAAUGAUCCCGAUCAAAGGGUUUCAGCUCUUUGAUUUUUC